AUGCAUGACAUUUCACCAAAUGAUUACCACAAAGAUUAUAUUCAACAACCAAACUUCGGAAUAUGCUUAUGUACUAAUGAUCAGGAAAAUCAUAAAUUUUAUCUUACCAUUUUUUGCACAUAUAAACCCAUAAGACAAACAUUUAAUUGGGAUAAAAAAAUGAAUCAUCAGCAACAUUGUGUCUAUUAUGCAAAAGUUUACGUCAAUCGAUUAUUGAUUUCCAGAUUUUUUUCAACCAGUCGAAAUAAAAACAGUUUAACUAAAGCACUCCCAAUUGCACAAAUAAUUCAAGACGUAGUUUAUCAACAAAUUGUAUGUACAGACUCAUGGACUCCCUUGUUUCUGCCUAAGCCUCCUCAACGAUUCAAACGAAAGCAAGCAAAAACCAUAAAAAAAAGGCUUAAUCGUUCAUUCAUUUUGAUGUUUAAAGAACGAAUCGCUUACCAGGCCUCGAGCAACAUAAAGGAAAUGAGAUUCCUAAAAUCAGCCAUUUGCAAAAAUGUGAUAAGAGAGAUAAUUUUCCUCGUCUACUUCUUUUAUUGUUGCCGUCUCGAAUCAAAUAACAUCGCAUCUAAAGCGUUUGCUUUAGCAAUAAACAGCCAUAGAAAAUAUACGCAAAGUGAGUGCCCAGAAUGUUUGACUAUGGUGAUAAAAACCUUCAACUUCCCUACACAAAGUGCUUCAACUUCAUUCCCAAACACAAGCCCACCUGACCACCUUAAAUGCCCUUCAGUGUAA